GUGAUGACGUGUUGACGCAACGGCUGGGUAUGGCGGCGUUAGCUUCCUGGUAACGGCAUCGGAGACGAGGAAGAAGCUAGCUGCGGCGCUAUUCGCCCAGCUGUAAAGAAUGGCUGAUUUUGAUGAGAUUUACGAAGAGGAGGAGGAAGACGAGGAGCGAGCGCUGGAGGAGCAGCUUCUGAAAUACGCCCCGGAUCCGGUGGUUGUGCGGGGAUGUGGGCACGUCACAGUAUUUGGUCUUAGCAACAAGUUUGAAGCUGAAUUCCCAUCAUCUUUAACUGGAAAAGUAGCCCCGGAGGAAUUUAAAUCUAGUAUUAACCGAGUCAACAGUUGUCUUAAGAAGAACCUUCCAAUCAAUGUUCGAUGGCUGCUAUGUGGAUGUCUGUGUUGUUGCUGCACGCUGGGAUGUAGCAUGUGGCCCGUUGUGUGUCUCAGUAAAAGAACACGAAGAUCGAUUGAGAAGUUAUUGGAAUGGGAAAACAAUAGGCUAUACCACAAGCUGUGCUUGCACUGGAGACUGAGCAAAAGGAAAUGUGAAACCAAUAACAUGAUGGAAUAUGUCAUAUUGAUAGAAUUUUUACCAAAGACGCCGAUUUUUCGACCAGAUUAGCAGUCUUUUUCCCCCUCUAGGUUUUUUCUCUUUCUCCUUUAUUUUUUUAUAUAUUUUUUUCUCCUUUCCACAAGGGACUUACUCAACUUAACCUAUUUCCAAUGGUGCCUUGCUUGGUGUUUUCCCAGUAAUGACAUAGCAAAGGUUCAGCUGAAUCUUGUGGUUUAUUCCUUUAUUUUAAGGAAUGUGUGUUUUUGUUUUUUUUCCCCAUCAGAAACACUACAUCACUCAGUUUUAGAGCUUCACCAAUUAAAAAAAAAAAAAAAAAACACUCAGUUACUACCUUCUUAGAUUGACUUUUUUUCCCCCAUAGAUAACGUUCAUGGGUUCUUAUGUGGGUUUUACGGUGAUGUAGGUGUUUUCUUCACCCUCCCCCCCCCCCCCCCCCCCCACUCUGCUCUUCCCAUGUCACACUAUUUGGGAACCAAGAUUUCACUGCACCAUUAGGAAUCCUUGUCUGCCUAUCAUGUUGAUCCUGUCAGCUGGCCCUGAUAAGGAUACCCUGGAGAAGAAAGUUGCAGCUGAUUUGUUCUUGACUGUGAAAAAUGUGCAUGAUGCAUAUUGCUGGAGCUCAGGACCAUGCAGUUCUGGUAUCGCUGUACUCUGGUCUAUAUUCUGGAUUAGGAACCUUUCUCCCUGACCAUUUUUCCUGUACAGAGUCGUAAUAUUCUGUAUCUUUAAUGACCUCGCCUCAGUUAUCUGUGUUGCCCACUAGUUGGCUGCAUCUGACAUGCAAAUGUAUUUAAUUGCUUACAUGAGGGAUGCCCAACCUGCAGCCGUCCAGCUAUUGAAGAACUACAACUCCCAGCAAACCUGGAAAGCCUACAGCUAUCAGUCUACAGCCAAGCAUGGUAGGAGUUGUAGGUUUACUGUGCUUCACAGGCUCGGAGUGAAUCCAGGAACAUGCUCCCUGAACACAAUAAUAAUUUAGUCUUUUAAUCUGGAAUAGUAUGACUUUUACACUUAGAAGUUGUCUGAACAUCGUUCUAGUCUAAAACCAGCUACAUAACUGUGGUAUAUGCUGUAUUAUAGCAUUUCUGAUGCUUUAUUUAAAAGGAUGAAUACAUUUUUAUUACCACUGCUCUAUUCAAAGUGACAAAUAAUGACUCUUAUUACCACUAUUAUAAAAAAAAAAAAUAUCACUUUCAUCUUGGGAUGCCAUCAUGAGAACCCGACCUCAUUCACAUAUAUAUUCGUAUGUGGACCAUUUAUCAGAUGUAGACGUCAAGAUCACACACGCACAUAUUUGGAAAGCCUAUGUAUGAUAUAUAUAUUUUUAUUUAAAUUUUUUUUCUUUCAUUUCUAACUAAUACUAUUAACAGAUGUAUAACCAGCGCUAACACAAAGUGGGAUGGGAUGAAGUGGUUUAGAUAAGUUUCCUAAUGUGUAAUACCUUUGAUAACAUUAUUAUUAUUUUUUAUAUUGUUAUUUCUUGCUCCAGUUAAUAUUUUUCCUCAUUUUUUUGGGUGCAUAACCACUGCUGGCAACGGGAUGCACUAUUUAUUUUAAUCAAGGAAAAUCAGUUGUACAAAUGAUCAGAUGUCCAUAUGUUGUUGCUGUAAGAUGCUUGGCUUUAGUUCUGUUUUGCCAUUUGUAUACUAUUAAAAGAAAAAAAAUAUUA